GGCUUUGAUGGAGACGGCUAUUCCUGUGAGGAUCAGAAUGAAUGCACCAUGUCAAAUAGCACUUGCCCCCUUGGUACUGUUUGCAUCAAUUCUCCAGGGUCCCAUGUUUGUUCCUGCAUAAAUGGCACCAUUGCAUAUAAUGACACUUGUGCACCUCCCAUACUAAAGUGCAAUCCCAUAUGCGAUCCUAAGGGAUUGUGCCAUUUGGCUGCAAACAAAUACCAGUGUGUAUGUGAUGUUGGGUUUGAAGGAGAUGGAUUGAGCUGUGCUGAUAUUGAUGAAUGUGAGGAACAUGUUUGUCCAGAAAAUGAGACAGAAUGUGUCAACACACCUGGAUCUUUCACCUGCAUCUGCAAAACAGGAUACAGACAAAAUGGAACAUCAUGCAUUGACGUGGAGGAGUGUGUGGAUGGCAGACAGGAGUGCAGCGAGUUCGCACAGUGCGUCAACACCCUGGGGAGUUACUUCUGCAAGUGCCUGAGUGGCUUCACUGGAGAGGGAAAGAACUGCUCUGACAUUGAUGAAUGCCAAACCCAAAAUGGAGGAUGCUUCCCUUCCGCCAACUGCACUAACAUGCCUGGAGCCUUCCGCUGCACCUGUCCCACAGGCAUGAUGGGCUCAGGAUUUGAGUGUCACGAUCUGGAUGAAUGUGCACAUGGCUCGUCUCACAGCUGCAGCAAAGAUGCCCUCUGCCUCAACUCGGUAGGGUCCUACAGCUGCCAGUGUCUGACGGGCUUCCAGGGCAACGGCUUCAGCUGUGCCGAUGUGGACGAAUGUGACUCGCCGUCUGCCUGUGAAAGCAAUAAAGAGUGCAGAAACACACCGGGUUCUUACCUGUGCUCCUGCACAGAGGGUUUCUUCUACAGUGAAGGCACGUGCGUGAACAUCCAUGACUGCCAGAAUGGCAGCUCGGUCUGCCAUCACCACGCCGACUGUGUGGAUCUGCUGGGUUCCUUCUACUGCCGCUGCCAGCCUGGGUUCACAGGCAAUGGCACCCACUGCAGUGACCUGGACGAAUGUGCCUCAGGUCUGGAGCGGUGUCCCCACAGGGCCAGUUGUCAAAACAGCAUGGGGUCAUUCCACUGCAAUUGCUGGGACGGCUUUCAGGCCAACGCUACGCACUGCAACGAUAUCGACGAGUGUCUUGACGAUGCAACAUGCCCUCCCGACAGCUCAUGUGUCAACGCAGAAGGGGGCUACUUUUGUCAGUGCCAGGCAGGCUUCACAGGCAACGGGUCCCUGUGUGAAGAUAUAAAUGAGUGCUCUGCGCCUGGACAUAGCCUGCUGUGUGGUAACGGGUCGUGCAUCAACACCCCCGGAUCCUAUGAAUGCUUGUGCAACGACGGGUUCCAAGUCAAUGAAACUGACUGCAUUGAUAUUGACGAAUGCUCUCUGAAUUCUACAGAAUGUGGCAUCUACUCCAGCUGCUUCAACAGAGUAGGUUCCUAUGAGUGCCUGUGUAAUAGUGGCUUUAUUCUCCAUGAGACGAGCUGCAUCGACGUUGACGAGUGCAACGAAACAGCGAAUGCAUGUCCCGAGGAAGCGCUCUGUUGGAACACUGCGGGUUCCUUCCUCUGCCAGUGCAGCAGUGGCUACGAAGGGGAGGGACAAGUCUGCAGGGACAUUAACGAAUGCCUGAACAGCAACCCCUGCUCCAGAGGCCAGAUCUGCAUCAACACGCCCGGCUCUUUCGAGUGCUCUUGUCCAGAUGGAUUUAAAAACAAUGGAAGCUCUUGCACUGAUGUGGAUGAAUGCCUGAAUAAGACGGGCGUCUGCCAUCCAUCUGCCAAGUGCAUCAACCAGCCUGGAUCCUACCGCUGUGAGUGCCUCACAGGUCACUCUGGGGAUGGGGUACAGUGCGAUGAUGUGGAUGAGUGCUCUAUUCUGCAGUCACCUUGCCACAAGCAAGCCCAGUGCGUCAACACCCCAGGCUCCUACAUGUGUGUGUGCGCUGCUGGGUUCUUUGCAAGUGGCACUAUCUGUUCAGACGUUGACGAAUGUGAGAUGGACAGGGGACCGUGCCAUGCCCAUGCCACUUGUGUUAACACAGUGGGGAGCUUCUCCUGCCAGUGUAAUCCAGGCUGGACAAGGAAUGGGAGCACCUGCUUUGACAUCAAUGAGUGUGAUUCUGCGCUCUCCUGCCCAGCCCACAGUAGCUGCGAGAACUUACCAGGCUCCUAUAGCUGCACCUGUUUGGCCUACAGCACCUUCUGUGAUCACAUGGCAGUGAAGGAGAGUGUGCUUUACCCUUAUGGAGAGACUGUGGGGGACAGGACAGUGCAGGCAGCAGGAGCAGAUGUCACCUCCCCCUAUAUUGUUCCACCAAUGGGUUUCCCUUUCCUGGGGUCACUGUGGGACAGGUUGUAUUUUUCAGACAAUGGCUUGAUUCAGUUCCAGUCUGUGGAUACCAAUGAGAAGUACCUUUUUCCCAGCCCAUACCAGGAUGGAUUCAGUGGUAAUGAAACCAUUCCCAUGUUGGCUGUGUUCUGGAAUGAUGCCGAUCUCACCCUAGGAGAAGGCAAACUGUUUUAUCAGGAAUACAGCCAGUCAAGCACCUUGGAUGUUUAUUCCCAGACUGUGUUGAAUCGAACUGCAGCGGAUGUGAGCAGGUAUUUACAGCAUAAGGGGGAUUCAACAUUCACACCAACAUGGAUCCUGAAAAUCACAUGGGAUCAUGUGCUGCCUGUGUCCUAUCAGAAAGUCAACUUAUCUGAGACAAACACAUUCCAGUGUAUCCUGACCACGGACGGCUAUCAGUCCUUUGCACUCCUGAAGUUUGGGGACAUGAACUGGGGUCCCGGGCAGAGGCUGUUUCACAGAGCACUCAGAGGAUAUACUGACGGGAAGGAUGUUUACUACAAUGAGCCUCAUUCCCAGCAGAACAAUACCUAUGGGCCAGGGGGCAGCCACAGACCCCACCAGGCACUAGGGAACACGGGGCAGUUGGGCCAGUGGGUGUAUGAGCUGAGCAGACCUGCUGUAGAAAAGGAGACAGAGCCCCGCGGGAAGUGCCAGCUUUGGGCCCAAAGAGAACCACCCCCUUCAUCCUGGACUGAAGGCAUUCCUGCUUGUCCCUGUCACAAGGCCCAGGCUACAGAGGACCAGAGUUUCAUCCUGGAAACUCUGCCUUCCAAGCAAGCACCUAUUGUGCAGCAGCUACGUGGUCUGCGUGCCUCUGGGCUCGUCUACCAGUCUCUCCUGGCCAACCGCCAUGGCGCUGGACAGAAGUGUGUGUAUGACACCGAGGGCUAUCUGGUGGCAGGAUACAGUGAGCGCUACUUCACAGUCUCCAGUGUGCAGGAUUACAUUGAGAAGGACCUUCUGCCAUUCCAGUGGUGCUGUGUGCAGUCCCCUCUCUGCCAGGUGUACUACAGCAAGAGGCCAGCAGACCGCUGUGAACAGUAUGCACAUGGGGCCAUUGGGCUGGUGUAUGGAAGUCUGCACUUCAAGACCUUUGAUGGGACAGAGUACUCCUUCAAAGGGCUGGGGGAAUUUGUCCUCACCAGACUGUCCUCCAGCAACGGCGCCAACACGUUCACCCUGCAGGCACAGACAGCCCUGGUCACAACAGCAGGACAGACUUCUAGAGUCACCGCUGUGGUGCGGCUGGCAGCCUUCUACCAGGGGAUUGGCAAAGUGGAGUGGCAACGCACUGAUGCGGGAGACGGGCUCACUGUGCUGGUGGAUGAUAGACAAGUUGAUGUAUCAGCUGGAGGAAAGUUCUUCAGCCAGCAGGGCUUUGCGGUGCGGUGUGCGACUGUGAAGCAGUGUGCUGUGGUCUACCCAGAAGGGCUGUGGGUCACAGUGUCCCGGGGCAGGACAGGAUACCUGAGUGUUGUGGUGGACGUGCCUCAGUCCUUCUACAGCCGCACCGUGGGGCUGCUGGGGCUGUGGAGCAGCAAACGCACUGAUGAUUUCCUUCUUUCCAAUGGACAGCAGCUGGCAUUUUACCAUGGCAACCCUCCAUCUGAGGAUGAGUUAUACACCUUCGGCCUCUCCUGGGCUGUUCCAAUACCAGAAAGUCUCCUGCAAUCAGCUCCGCCCCAGGCAUUCUACCCAGUCUCCACAGAAGAGCUGCUAUCGGUCAGUCCCCAGCACCUGGGGGACCUGAGGGAACGUUGCCUAGGCAACACACAGUGUGUCCAUGACAUCCUGGCCACCAACAACACCAGCUUGGGCCUGGAGACUGCACAGUACAAGGAGAGAUAUGAACAGCUGGCAAUCAUUUUUGGAAACAUGCCUCCCAUACUGACUGGCCCCAUGGUGAUCCAGUGCAAAGUGAACGUCACAGUCAAGGUUCCCUUCACAGCUCGGGAUUCAAACAACGACUCUGUGAGCUUCUCCCUGCUCCCUCCCCGUCCUCCUGGAGUUACUUUUACUGAUGGUGUGCUCACCUGGACUCCUUUCAGCAUUAAGCCAGUGGUUCUUUCUGUGAAGGCCAAUGACCAGCUGUCUGGCUCCAUUCUCAGCCCUGUCAUUCAGAUGUGUAGCUGUUUUAAUGGAGGGACAUGCCAGUACAAGAGCAUUGUAGAAAGUCAUCUCGGAGGGAAAUUCCAGGUGGUGGGGUGCUUGUGUCCUAAGGGCUAUGCUGGGAGGUACUGCUCUGACACCACUAACGCCUGCAAAGGCCAACCAUGUUUCCCUGGGGUGUCCUGCACCAACCGUCCCUCACCAGAUCUCUUCUCCUGUGGCCAGUGCCCGCCACGAACCGUGCACCAAGACAAGGAGGGCUAUAAGUGUUUUGAGAACGAUUUCUGCCUCCCCCCUUUCCCUUUCCCCUGCCACAGAAUGGCAGAGUGCUACAGCACUGGGCACAACUACACCUGCCGCUGCAAGCCUGGCUUCACCGGAGACGGAUUCAAUUGCACAGACAUUAAUGAAUGCUUGGUCCCUUCAGCCUGCCCCAGUGCCAAGUUUGAGUGUGUCAACACCAUUGGCUCUGUGAAGUGCUCCUGCAGGUAUCAGGACACUCAAGACUCAGACAGCUGUGGUGAUUCAGCGAAUCCACCAGGAUGGAAUAUUUUCAUCUGCUCUCUCAAAUGGAAUAAGCUUCUGAGUUCUCCCAACCACCAUGUUGAUGAACUCAGCAGUAUUCUGUCCACGGGCUUCCAGAACAAGUUCUACAAUGCAAGCUGGAAGAGACAGUCAGCCAGCAGCUCCACAGAUGAGUACCGGAUCAAUGUAUCCACUGACACACCUCACUGGUAUGUGAGAGACUACCUCACACGGGUCAGCCAAUUCUAUAACAUCCACUCUGGAACCAUUGCAGUUGGAGACCUGGAUGAAUGUCAGUCUGGGGAGGCAGUGUGUGCUGAACCUGCAUUGUGCAGAAACACUUAUGGUGGCUACAGGUGUAUCUGUAAUGGGACAGCAGAUAUUGAGUCAAAAUCCUGCACAUUAGAGCGUGGAUCAGAUAAUAAAACUGUAGUUGUGGAGGUGGCCACCCUCAAGAACAAUGACUCACUGAUCUUGGGGCUGGUACUGGGCAUCGGGAUUCCACUGUUACUACUGCUUCUCCUUACUGUGCUGGCCUGCUUAUUUUGCACAAGAAAGAAGGCUGCUGGGGGAGGGAUUCCUCCAGUGACAACGGACUACAUCCCAGAGCAUGUGAACCCUCCUCCCUUUAACUACUUGGACCCAGCUCUGCAGUACAAAGUGCACUACACUCCCAGAAUCCUAGACAUACAGUACUGAUCCUCAUUAACUGAAGAACAUAAUUACCUCUAAAGCAAUUUAAUUUAAAAAUACAAUCAGAUUAUGCAGUAAUGGUUUAAAUGCAUAAAACAGGUACAUGUUAUAAACACUUCUUUAAAUGUU